AUGCCCCCAGCCUCAGGCCAGGCCCAGGGCAGCCUCAGAGCGCCCAGGAGCCGUCUCCCCACCAGCAGCUCUCCCGCGGUGCGCGCGACGCUGGCUCUGCACCCGCUGAGGUCCACAGGAGGGUCUCCAGGAGGCAGGGUGCUCAAGGGAGGCAGGCCCCACCCCCGGGGCACCGCGCAGCACACACUGACGGGCGCCGGGCCCACUCCUGCAGACACCUGCCUGACUCUGGACGACUUCCUGCACUACAAGCACCUGGUGCACAAGCAGCAGUUCGAAAAGCCCAUGGAAGAGGCCCAGGAGGAGCGGGCGACCCUCCAGUUCUCCGCCCUGGACCCCGAGAAGAAGGGGCACAUCGAGUGGCCGGAUUUCCUCUCCCAUGAGUCCAUCCAGCUGCUGCAGAAGCUCCGGCCGCAGAACUCCCUGCUGCGGCUGCUGACGGCCAAGGAGCGGGAGCGGGCGCGCACGGCCUUCCUGGCCCUUGACCAGGACAGUGACGGCUUCAUCAGGGAGAGUGAGUGCCACAAGGCCCGGCACACGUGGUUCCGCAAGCACCAGAAGGAGACGCCAUCCUGCAACGUCAG